AUGUUAGUAUUUUUUUUGCCCUUAAUCGAAUGUGUCAACGCUUCUACUCCUCUUGACAUUGUUUACAUCCAUGGGCACCACCUGCAUGAUUUUAUUUUGCUUCAUUUGUCACGUUUUCCCCAAGGGUAUUGUAAGUGUAACUUAAUUGAAUGUGUCAACGCUUCUACUCCUCUUGACAUUGUUUACAUCCAUGGGCACCACCAUCUAUCUCAUGCAAUUGACUACACUUGUGAAUCAUGCAAGUCAGGUUCACCCAAAUCAAAAGGUCACUGGGACCUGCUACCUCGCCGCCUCAUUCCCGGAACUUGGCACACUACCACUGCUUUUUGCUUGAGGCUGGACAAAAUGGUGAAGUUCACAGCUGAGGAGCUUCGUAGGAUCAUGGACUACAAGCAUAACAUCCGUAACAUGUCUGUUAUUGCUCAUGUUGAUCAUGGAAAGUCAACUUUGACCGAUUCACUUGUUGCUGCUGCUGGUAUCAUUGCACAAGAAGUUGCUGGUGAUGUCCGGAUGACAGAUACUCGUGCUGACGAGGCAGAGCGUGGAAUCACAAUUAAAUCCACUGGCAUUUCCCUUUACUAUGAAAUGACCGAUGCAGCCCUCAAGAGUUUCAAGGGAGAACGUAAUGGAAACGAGUACUUGAUCAAUCUUAUUGACUCACCCGGGCACGUUGACUUUUCUUCUGAGGUCACUGCAGCCCUCCGUAUCACCGAUGGUGCACUUGUGGUUGUGGAUUGCAUUGAGGGCGUUUGUGUCCAAACAGAAACUGUCCUUCGACAAGCACUUGGAGAAAGGAUUCGCCCUGUGCUGACUGUCAACAAAAUGGACAGGUGUUUCCUUGAACUUCAGGUGGAUGGUGAAGAAGCAUAUCAAACAUUCCAAAGGGUUAUUGAAAAUGCAAAUGUCAUCAUGGCUACAUAUGAGGACCCGCUUCUUGGUGAUGUCAUGGUUUACCCUGAAAAAGGUACUGUUGCUUUCUCAGCUGGGCUCCACGGUUGGGCUUUCACUCUGACUAAUUUUGCAAAAAUGUACGCCUCAAAGUUUGGUGUUGAUGAGUCAAAGAUGAUGGAGCGUCUAUGGGGUGAGAAUUUUUUUGACCCGAAAACAAAAAAAUGGACAACAAAAAGCACUGGUUCUUCAACAUGCAAACGUGGAUUUGUUCAGUUUUGUUAUGAACCCAUCAAGCAGAUCAUCAACACAUGUAUGAAUGAUCAGAAAGAUCAAUUGUGGCCUAUGUUGACUAAACUUGGUGUCACCAUGAAGUCUGAUGAGAAAGAGUUAAUGGGAAAAGCAUUGAUGAAGCGUGUCAUGCAGACAUGGCUCCCUGCAGCAACUGCUUUACUAGAAAUGAUGAUCUUUCAUCUUCCUUCACCUCACACUGCACGGCACAAAGAUACCGUGUUGAGAAUCUCUAUGAAGGUCCUUUAG